CGGUACGUUGAAUUUGACAUCCUGCUGAAGCCGCAGAUAAUGAGGACUUACCGUUGCCUACCACUAUUCAUCUGGACCUGUAUGUUUCAUAUGGUUGAUGCUAUCCUAUUACAAGAAAAAGCUAACAGUGAUUUACCAAGCAAAAGGAUAGUGGGACUGCCCAAAGAUGAUGGUAAGAUGCUACAUCGCACCAAGCGUGGCUGGAUGUGGAAUCAAUUCUUCUUGUUGGAAGAGUAUACAGGGACAGACACACAAUAUGUAGGCAAGCUUCACACUGACCAAGAUAAAGGAGAUGGAAAUUUAAAAUACAUAUUAACAGGAGAUGGAGCUGGCAGUCUGUUCGUUAUAGAUGAAAAUACAGGAGAUAUUCAUGCUGUAAAGAAAUUAGACAGAGAAGAAAAAUCCCUGUAUAUUCUUCGUGCCAAGGCUAUAGACAGAAAGACUGGGCGGCAGGUGGAACCUGAAUCUGAAUUUAUCAUUAAAAUCCAUGAUAUCAAUGACAAUGAACCAAAAUUCACGAAAGACUUAUACACUGCCAGUGUUCCCGAAAUGUCUGGAGUUGGUACAUCUGUUAUACAAGUGACUGCGACAGAUGCCGAUGAUGCCAACUAUGGCAAUAGUGCCAAAGUGGUCUACAGCAUAUUGCAAGGGCAGCCAUAUUUUUCAGUGGACCCAGAAUCAGGCAUAAUAAAAACUGCAUUACCAGACAUGAGCAGAGAAAAUAGAGAGCAGUACCAAGUGGUUAUACAAGCCAAGGACAUGGGUGGCCAGAUGGGAGGCCUUUCUGGAACCACCACGGUGAACAUCACUCUGACAGAUGUCAACAACAAUCCUCCUCGAUUUCCCCAGAGUACGUAUCAAUUUAAUUCUCCUGAGUCUGUACCUCUUGGAACCCAUCUUGGAAGGAUAAAAGCCAAUGACCCUGACGUGGGGGAAAACGCUGAGAUGGAAUACAGCAUUGCUGAAGGAGAUGGAGCAGACAUGUUCGGUGUCAUCACUGACAAGGAUACACAGGAAGGCAUUAUAACUGUCAAACAGAAUUUAGAUUUUGAAAACAAAAUGCUGUACACUUUAAGAGUGGAUGCAAGCAACACUCAUCCUGAUCCACGAUUCCUACACCUGGGACCUUUCAAAGACACAGCUGUGGUCAAAAUAUCUGUGGAAGAUAUAGAUGAGCCUCCUGUGUUCAGUAAAAUUUCAUACUUGAUAGAAGUAGAUGAAGAUGUAAAGGAGGGCACCAUCAUUGGACAGGUUACAGCAUAUGACCCAGAUGCUAUGAACAAUUUAAUAAAAUACUCCGUUGACCGGCAUACUGAUAUGGACCGGAUUUUUAGCAUCCACUCAGAAAAUGGCUCUAUUUUCACUUUGAAGUCUCUUGACCGGGAAUCAUCUCCUUGGCACAACAUCACUAUUACAGCCACAGAAAUAAAUAACUCAAAACAAAGUAGCCACGUCCCUGUCUUCAUCAGAAUUCUAGAUAUAAAUGACCAUGCUCCGGAAUUUGCCAUGUACUAUGAAACAUUUGUUUGUGAAAAUGCCAAACCUGGGCAGUUGAUUCAGACUGUCAGUGUCAUGGACAAAGAUGAUCCUCCCCGAGGCCACAAAUUCUUCUUUGAACCAGUGCCAGAAUUUCCGCUUAAUCCAAACUUCACCAUUGUAGAUAAUAAAGGUAUAGAAUAUAUUUAA